GGUCAGUCGCCCUCUCCGUGUCGUUGGGCUGUAGGCUGCUGUGACGCGUUUACUCCGCGUAGCUUCAUAAAUUCAGCUGGCAACGACAGCGGCCGACACGCAAAUCCCAACCUAACACUGACAAAUCGCCACCAUGUCUGGCUACGAAGUCGAACACAACAUCUCCACAGAGGACGACAAGUCGCGACAACCCUCACGUCGACCAGACCUGUCGACGUUCUUUUCUCAGCUUGAACUGGUUGACACGUCGGAUCCCCACGCUCACACAAAUGCCAAUGCUCUACCGCAGCCCGAAAACAUGACGGCGGCAUUCCGCUUGCUUGCCAACGCUUUUGAGACUAUGCGCGGACGACCAGCGGACGAGAGCAACGAACAUGGGGAUCUGUUGGCAAACAUGAUUGAGGUACUCCGCGCCAAUGCCGACGAUCCGCCCACAGAGUUGAAGGGUGUGCCCAACAGCUUCUUGGAUGAACUGGAGCGGGUACCGAAGAAAGCGCUGAAGCCUUCCGAUACAUGUCCCAUCUGUGUGAACCCAUUCCUUGAAGACAAAUAUCCCCUCGUUGUCCAGCUGCCGUGCCACGAGGAUCAUCGCUUCGAUCUGGACUGCAUAGGUCCUUGGCUUAAGCUGAACUCAACAUGCCCUCUGGAUCGCAAAGAACUUUUGAAGAAGAAGCAACCGCCACCGCCGCCUGUGGACGAUGAAGAAGAAGACUAUGAUGAUAUGUACGCCUGAGAAUGUUCCGCUUUGGCGCCAUCACAAAGCAUCGGAAUUAGGGUAUACCAACAUCUAGCGGAUGAGCAUGGAUGGACCAUCAUCGAUCAGGCGCAUAAACGGAUCGUACCGGAUAUUGAGACUUAUUGCGAAACAUAUCUAGAGGCUCAGCACUGGGCAAUGGUUUGGCGCCACGCCUUCGCCGCCAGCUCGUGGAUCGAAUGGAAUCUGACAUAUCUUCCCCACCAUGCCUGCCCUCCAUCUUGACCAAAUGGGUCCUUGACCGAGUGGGUUCUUUACCGACCCCCCUGCACCAACUGCUGGCCUUGCUGCACGAGCGCCGCAGGGAGUA